AGAUAUCUCUUCAUUAGCCAGAUCAGACAUAUGUAAAGAGAGACAUCAGUAAAUCUGGAUCAUCAGAAUCUGUGAAGAUUUGAAAGGGCCAAUGAGUAUUCUCAUCAUUGAGGCAUUCUAUGGAGGGUCCCAUAAACAGCUGGUGGAUCUGCUUCAAGAAGAGUUAGAACACUGUGUUCUUUAUACCCUUCCUGCAAAGAAAUGGCACUGGAGAGCACGGACGUCGGCUUUGUACUUCUCUCAGAAUAUUCCCGCCAGUGAGCAUUACAGGAUUCUCUUCGCAAGCUCAGUGCUUAACCUGACUGAACUGGCUGCCCUUCGGCCUGACCUUGGGAAAUUGAAAAAGAUUCUGUACUUCCAUGAGAACCAAUUGGUAUAUCCUGUCAAGAAAUGUCAGGAGAGGGAUUUCCAAUAUGGAUACAACCAAAUUCUCUCAUGCCUGGUGGCUGAUGUGGUGGUAUUCAACUCGGUUUUUAAUAUGGAGUCAUUUCUUACUUCUAUUGGAAAAUUCAUGAAGCUGAUUCCUGAUCACAGACCCAAAGAUCUGGAAAGCGUCAUCAGACCCAAGUGCCAAGUUAUUUACUUUCCCAUCAGGUUUCCUGAUGUGAGCAGAUUCAUGCCCAGGCACAAAGCAGCGCAUUUACAGAAGAUACCCAGCCUUAAAGGAAAUGGCGGUGUUGCUCCAUCCAUGGCCCUUCCUUUCCAACAGGAGCAGAGAGGUUCUGAGAAUUUAUUGAAGAAUUUUGAUUCAGUGUCUGGAUCCUGUGAUGCUGCACAACAAGAAAACCUGGGUGGCUCAGUAAGGCAGGAGUCAUACUUGAAAACAUUCAGCUCAUCAGAUAAUUCAAGCACUCAUCAUGGGGAACAUAAACAAAAUCCGUGUAACAUUUUGGCUGGAGCUGAUGAUCAACAAAGACCAUUGCAUAUUGUCUGGCCUCACAGGUGGGAGCAUGAUAAAGAUCCAGAGAGUUUUUUUAAGGUAUUGAUGCAUCUUAAGGACUUAGGACUCAAUUUCCACGUAUCUGUCCUUGGAGAAACCUUCACAGAUGUCCCAGGUAUAUUUUCAGAGUCCAAAAAGACAUUGGGAUCUUCUGUCUUACACUGGGGCUACUUACCCAGCAAAGAUGAGUAUUUCCAAGUACUAUGCACGGCUGAUGUUGUCAUCUCGACAGCUAAGCAUGAAUUCUUUGGAGUGGCAAUGUUGGAAGCUGUGUAUUGUGGUUGUUACCCACUCUGUCCCAAAGAUUUGGUUUAUCCCGAAAUAUUUCCAGCUGAAUAUCUGUAUUCUACACCUGAACAGCUUUCAAAAAGGCUCCAGAAUUUCUGCAAGAGACCAGAUAUUGUAAGAAAACAUCUCUAUAAGGUGAGGACUCAGCUGGAACCGGGAAACAAGCCUUCACCAGAACCUGCCCAUCAUGGCACCCUGAUCUUGGACAUCCAGCCUCCGGAACGGAUCCUAGUCCCCCAACCAGGGAUCGAACCCGCGCCCCCUGCAGUGGAGGUGCAGAGUCUUAACCGCUGGGCCACCAGGGAAGUCCCAUCAGAAUAUCCUUGCUCUCGAAAGCCAGCAGUGUUUGCAGCAUUGGAGAUCAAUGACACUACGAUGAUAACGUAUUAUUCUGACAGAAGGAGUGAGAAGAGGAGCCAGCAAGGAUAGCUAGGAUGAAAAAUGAAGUGGAGUUCCUGGGACAGAUGGGGGGCAACUUCUAGACAAAGAUGUGAGAGAAGGAAAGCGAGGAACAGAAGAGAAGAUUUGAAAUAUGAGAGUCUUGAAAACAGCAAACCACCAAACACCCAAAAAGAUGAAGGGCCUGGACUCCACAAUCUUCCCUGAAUGCAUGUACCACCAGCAGCUGGAGCUCCCUUAGUUUGCAAACACUUUCUUCAGAACAACUCCAGUUCUGGCUCUGAAGAGGUGAUGGAGUCAAAUGUUGGAAGAGAGAAGAGCUGCUCAUUUCUUCAGGGCCAGAAGGAUUCCGACCACAUUGAAAAGUCAUUGUGAAAACAAGAGCCUGAAAAAAUUAUUCCACUUCAAUUGAACACCACAAGAAAAAGUGGCCUUGACUCAAUUUAAGAAGGGUAUAUGGAGUCCUCCUUAUCUUCACUCCAAGGGAUCUAUUCCUUCAGCCAUUUGAAAAAGGGCUGUUAUCUUCACUAUUGAUUUUCUUAUCAACAAUUCAUCCAUUUGUAUUAAGCUUUCUGCAUUUCCAAAGUGCUUUUGCAUACAUAUCUCGUAAACUGAGGCAUUAAGAUUAGAUAUUUUAAAUCUUCGUAUUAUAGAUUGAAAAGGGAAAAAUCUUUAGAACAUUAUUAAAAUCUCAAAGACAUGAAAAUAGCUAGAAGAAAUUCAAUCAAAUUCCCUAGAUAUC